AUUAAUGUAGAAGCGAUCUUGCAACAUUCAUGCAAGAAUGCGGUUUCAAACGCCUUCGGCCAGUUAUUUAUUAGACUAUCACAACUUGUAACAUUUCCAGCCGGGAGGAUAUUCAUAACUGCGUGUUCCUUUUGUUAUCUCUGUUUGCUGUUUAUUUUGUUGUCUGGCCUAGCUCUGCUUUCAGGUGCAACGUUACGUCACCAUCAUCUGGAAAUGAUUUUCAAAGUGAAGUUCAGUCUGGGAAUAUGUACUGUCAUGUUCCUGCUCAGCCUGGCCUGAGUCCAGUUUGGAUCCUUGAAUGGUUUUAGCACAACAGACGUAAAAAAAAAAACAGCAGAAGAGGGAGGUUCUCAUUUUGGGAAGGUUAAAAAGGAGAGCAUUUCUUUUAAUCAAACAGCUCAUAUGGCGCGGUCCUGUCCUUCAUGCCUCCCUUCAUGUCUCAGGCGUAGCCCACAAGGUCUGGAUGCUGAGCAGAGCGGUUCUCCUCUGUCUUUGCAGAGCCAGGAACCUCGCUCUGCCUUGUCUGCGCCUCAGACUCUGCGUGGGAUGUCUGAGAGAGAUGUGACAGUGUUCCCGUUUGGCCCCGUGUCUCUGGACCUGUCGAACCAGGAGCAGCCUACGCUGACCAGGCUCUACUGUCAGAAUGGAGGCUAUCACCUGAGGAUUUUAUCGGACGGAACGGUGAAUGGUGGAAGGCAGGAAAAUGACACCUAUGACAUUCUGAGGCUGAAGGCGGUGAGCGUGGGAGUGGUGGUCAUCAAAGGGGAGGUGACGGGAAGGUACCUGGCCAUGAACAAAAACGGACACCUCUACGGAUCACAAACACUGAACGAUGAGUGUUACUUUUGGGAAAAAUAUGAAGAGAACAACUACAACACAUAUCGCUCCCAGAAAUACAGCUGGUAUGUCGCUUUAAAGAGGAACGGCCAACCCAAAAGGGGACCGGACACCCAGCAGGGUCAGAAGGCAAUCUGUUUCCUGCCGAGGCCUGCAGGCAACGCGUAAACCGAGAAGAACCGUGGAAAAACACCGAGGGUUUUAGUUCACACAAUUUGAGCUGGACAAAGUAUUGUAAAGGUGACUUUGAAAGAGUCCAUGGCGUUAAAACCUGAGAGAAACAGAGAAAGCCGUUUAGCGGUUCCUUUAACGUAGCAACCCGAAUGUUUAUCCGUCCACAUCAGCUGACGGAAAAACUUUUCAAUGUACACAUUUGAGCUGACGUCAAAAACGAUCUCUGGUUUAUGAGCAUAAAGCCUCCCUUCUCACAGUGCCUAGAGAUUUUAUCAGGCUACAGUGCAUGUCUCUGCUGCCAAACGAGCAUUCGCUUUGAGCCUUGGUUUGUAAUACCUCUGCCGGGAGAAAAGAGAUGUGCAGCUU